GCUCUGGCUCAGGUGGAGGCAGUGAUGCUGAGAGAUUGUGAAGAAUAUCCGACAGCAUCCUGGGAACUGCAUCACAGUGAGUCGGACUUCUGAAUCAAGCAGCCCAGCCUAGCAACUGAUAAGAGUGAAUGUAGGUGAGAAGCAUUGCCUUAUUCCUGUAACAGGAGAACUGUUUUUUGCAAGUGAAACUGGGAAUGUGCAAGGAGGAAUAUCUUGUGGCUGUCUGAAAAGAAGACGGACUUCCCUGAAUGACUUGGUGAUGCACAAGAAAAUAACUUUCGGAAGAGUGCCGCUGCGUUGUUCCUGAGGAAAUGUCUGUGUUUUUAAUGCAUGGUCUUUCUUCAGAAGCUACGACAACAAAGGCUGACAAGCAACUCUCCAAAAUGCCUGCACUUUAAAAGAGACUUUUGACAAUGUUAACCUUAUACCAGAACGACCUUGGAAGCCUUCUGGGUGGAUUCUAUCCUGCCAGCCUUUCAGUAUUUCGGACUCUAGGAUUUAAACUCAUCUUGAUGCAUUAGAGGUAUUUUAAAAGAAGACCAUUUUACAACCCACCUAAUGGCCCCUGUGUUAAUUGAGCACUUGCUCAAAAUAGAACGCAGAAAUAGAAGAGACAUUUUUUUAAACAUAUGGCUGCUACAUAACUGCAAAAAUAGCAAACAAGCUUUUCCCCCUCCUCUCCCCCCUCAGAGCUGAGGCGUGUCACUGCUGCACAGAGGCUGAUGAAGAGACCUGAGUCCUGGCUGGGGUGCUCAGCUGUGACGGAAGCGCUGCUGCCGUCUCCCGAAGCCGAUCUGAGACACUCAGGUGCAGAGUUUAACAGAUGCUGGACAGGGCACUGCCUUGCUGUAGCCGAAGCUGCAAGUCCCCCUGAUUCCAAGCCAUGAAUGAGUCCAAGUGGCCUGAAUGGAGGAUCCUGAACCUGAGCAGUGGCCUUGUGAAUGUGUCCGAGCAUCACUCCUGCCCACUUGGAUUUGGCCACUACAGUGCCGUGGACGUCUGCAUCUUGGAGACGGUGGUCAUUGUCUUGCUGACGUUUCUGAUCAUUGCCGGGAAUUUAACGGUCAUCUUUGUCUUUCACUGUGCUCCACUCCUACACCAUUACACCACCAGCUACUUCAUCCAGACGAUGGCAUAUGCUGACCUUUUCGUUGGAGUUAGCUGCUUGGUUCCCACUCUCUCACUUCUCCACUACUCCACAGGCAUCCACGAGUCCCUGACCUGCCAGGUUUUCGGAUAUAUCAUCUCGGUCCUGAAAAGUGUUUCUAUGGCGUGUCUCGCCUGCAUAAGCGUGGACCGCUAUCUUGCCAUCACCAAGCCUCUUUCCUACAAUCAGUUGGUCACCCCUUGUCGACUCAGAAUUUGCAUUAUUUUAAUCUGGAUCUACUCCUGCCUAAUUUUCUUGCCUUCUUUUUUUGGCUGGGGGAAACCUGGUUACCACGGGGACAUUUUCGAAUGGUGUGCCACCUCUUGGCUCACCAGUGCCUAUUUCACUGGCUUUAUUGUUUGUUUACUUUACGCGCCUGCUGCCUUUGUUGUCUGCUUCACUUACUUCCACAUUUUCAAAAUUUGCCGGCAGCACACCAAAGAGAUACAUGACCGGAGGGCCCGGUUCCCUAGCCACGAGGUGGAUGCCUCUGGCGAGACUGGACACAGCCCCGACCGUCGCUACGCCAUGGUCCUGUUUCGGAUAACCAGCGUAUUUUAUGUGCUGUGGCUCCCCUAUAUCAUUUACUUCCUGCUGGAAAGCUCCCGGGUCUUGGACAACCCGACACUGUCCUUCCUGACAACCUGGCUGGCUAUAAGUAAUAGUUUUUGCAACUGUGUCAUCUACAGCCUUUCCAACAGUGUUUUCCGGCUAGGCCUCCGGAGGCUGUCCGAGACGAUGUGCACGUCCUGCAUGUGUCUGAAGGAGCAGGACACACGGGACCCCAAGCCCAGGAAACGGGCUAAUUCCUGCUCCAUUUGAAGAGAACUGCACAGUAAAUCAAGUGUAACCUGACAGUGGUUUUGGAUCGCAGUCUUGAUUCACCUGGAAACUUGCCACGGGAGAAGAGCAAUAUUUACUUGAAUAGUUGACUGAGAGAUAAAGGGACCGAGGGUUUCUUUUUUCCUCUUUUUUUUAUGGAGGAAAAAACUACAGAAAAGGAUGUAUAGGGAGUAAUCUCAUGAGACAGUUACAGCAUGUGAGUAUGAACGUGCAGUAACAGGAGAAGGGAAGCGCUGGGGACGGCCAGAGUGUCUCAGAUCUUCCACAGGACGCGCCGCAGCCCCUGGUGUCUCUGUCUGACCGAGCUCUCGCCUCCGUCUUUGUCUCUCGUUCUGUCUCUGUCUCUCUCGCUCCCACUGUGUUCGUGGAAAUCACAGCAUUUGCUCUCGAGAGAAAAAUGCUACAUAUUAUAUAUGUGGCAAAGUAUAAUCUUUGGCAUCAAAGUGUGCUUUAACACACUGAUCUGAAAUUCCUAAGUGGUCUCUCACGGAGGAUGCACAGUAAGCGUCGUAUGUUAGUACCUGCCACACAGCCCCUUUGCUGGUGUUUUUAUAAUCUCUGCAGCACAAAAUUUCAGCCCCGAGCAAAAAGAAACAGUGUUUUUAUUUCACCAGGGUAGAAUUAUGUCCCCCACCCCGCCUUCCUGACAGCCUGCUGUAUUUUUCUUCAUCUGCAUCUUUUGGUACCUUAAUCCAGAAGUGUCUUAGAUAAUGAAAGAAUCUACUGUAUAAAGCAAUCAUAAUGUCAAAUAAUUUAUUCCUUUUAACAAAGCAAUCAGUAGCCUGUUUGCAGUACUGUGUUGAGUAUUUUUAAUGGCUUUUGUAAUAAUUUUUUUCUGGUUCAUUUUAAGUUAUUUCAUGUACCCAAAGUGGUAUCCUUUUUGCUAUAGUAAAGCUUUGUUUUCCUCUAAGACGAUCCACAGAUAAUUCUGAUGCAGAUGCAGGGCACUCACCCAGAAGUGAGGCGUCUGUCUCAAAGCUAUUUGGUGUGUCUUUUUUUUUAAAGAGUAAACUAUUGACCUUUUUGUGUUAUGUCUACAAAACUAACUGUUCUGUCCACUAAUCAUUUGUGUGAUAUAUGUUUCUACACACUAUAUUUUUUACAACAAAGAUAAUGUAAAUUAUAUUAUGUAAUCUGUGCCUAAAGUUUUCUUAGCACAAUAUAUAGAUCAAUGUUGCUUAAGUCACCAACAUUGGAAAAAAUAUACAAAAACUUCUUUUAAGAGAAAAAUACUUUUGUGUAGCUGUUAUUUAUUUAUAUUAGCCAAGCUGCAUUCUUAGGGCUGCUGAGAAUAUAAUAUACUUAAUUAUGAAAUACAGGUAAGAGCUUUCAGUAUUUUCUUUUGUAAUGACCUGUUUUCAUAUUCAGAGGUUAAAUUAGCUUAUUUUUUAGUGUGCUACAUAGAAUUGUCUCAUAAUCGUCAGGGGUUUAGAUGUAGCAAAAGGCAUUUGGGAAUUAGUACUGAAGCAGGUGUGAGUGGUUAAACAUCUAAAUCUUACUUUUUUACCAUAAUUUUCCUGCCUGACAGAGAUUUUAAAAUUUAUAUCAGACUACUGAGUAUUUUUCUUCUCAGCGUUUUUGGUUUGUUUGUUUUAUGAGAUGCACUGGUGAACUGUGCCUACGGAAGCCGGCCGCGCUGCACACGGCAGCGUGACUUCAGGGGUCCGUUAGUGGAGACGUCGUCAUUUUGUUAAGGUUGUUCUGAACCCCUGUAUAUUUUUAAACAUGUAAGAAAGGUUUAAAAUAAAUAAAAUAGUAUUCUACAUAUCAAAACCAGACUUUGCUUCAGUUUAAUAAAAUACUUAACUGGCAA